CAGGUUUUAACCCCAUGUGGGAGGAGACACUUGUGUUUACGCUGCACAUGCCUCAGAUUGCCUUAGUACGCUUUAUGGUUUGGGACCAUGAUCCAAUUGGAAGAGACUUCAUUGGACAGAGAACCAUAGCAUUUAAAAGUAUGAUGCCAGGCUAUCGACAUGUCUAUUUAGAAGGUAUGGAAGAAGCAUCUAUCUUUGUCCAUGUUGCCAUUAAUGACAUCACAGGAAAGGUCAAAUCAGGCAACGCAGUAAAGCAGCUAAUCCAGAAAACCCUUAUGCAGACCUCUGAAGAUGGCACAAGGACAUCUUUUGGUCCGAACUUCCUGCGAAAAGGUGCUGGAAAGAACCAAGCAAAAGUGGUGAAGGGCUCAGCCGACUGCUACACCAAAGAAGACUUUCUAAACAGACGUUACAGUGAUGACGUGAGCUCGAAAGGCAGCAGGAGCACCUCACAGUCUGCAUCUUUGCUCAGAGGAGCUCAAAGUGAACCCCUGAGAAGGGCACAUAAGGUCUGUUUUCAGGAGCCAGAAGGAUCUCAUGAGGCACGGCGCCACCUGUCCUCCAUCACAUGCUCUGGUGGAGCAGGAGUGACUACGGACUACACCAACUUCGCAUUUGAUUCAAAAGACAGUUCAGAUUUUGACAUUCAGACUGUGGUUCAAUCACACCUUGAGGAUACCAAAGAGUUGACUGUUCCAAAACGAAAUAAACCGGAGUGUGAGCCUGCAGAUGUAGCAAUAUCUAAGAUGAAGGUUCCUGCUUCUAGACUGAAUAAUCAGCCCUUGUCGAAGCAGAUCUCAGGUGUUAAAUCUGUCAUUGAGGCUUCAGAGCAGGAACCUGAGAUGUAUGAACCUCAACAACUUACACAUGAGUGUGAACCCUUACAUUUUCAUCCAAUACCUGAUGGUAUACUAGAUCCUUCCAGUGGAACGUUAAACACCAGAAACAUGGUGCUCAGGAAUAAAUUUGGACGUUCUUUAGAUGGUAGGCUUAACCCUCAGUGGCAGCCAUUGUCAAUCCCCGCAACCCCUGUGCUAAGCAGACGCAUGAAUGACCCAGACACACCAUCUUCCAAAGAUUCACCAUUUAAAGGACGCAGAUCACAAAGCGUCCCAAGACGCCAUCCGCCCUUGCCACCAAACACACCCCAUCACAUUAGGAAAGACUUCCUCAACCAGUACCCUCUCCCUCAGUGCAGUUACUCUGCAACAAAAAACUCUGUUCCUAAUAGUCACAACCUCGUUGAGAGUGAAUCAAGCAGCCUAAGUAGUUUGGACAGCCUUGACCUGAGUACUCUGCCAUCCCGUUUCCCUGACAACCAGCAGCAGACAAUGGGCACACUGCAGAGGGAAAUGAAUGCUCUGUUUGAGCAGAAAAUGUGUGAGAUUCGCUGCCAUUCACCACUGUUUUUCAGAGAUUCAUCAACAUUGUAGAAAACAAAACAUGCAUGUGAAACUUAAGAAACUGAAAUAAAAUUCCACACUGCAAUUAUGGAUAUAGACAGAUGCUAAAGGAAGAAAACCUUUGUACAAGUAUUAUCUUGUUUAAAUCUUACUCAUCAUCUCAUGCUAUCUGGGCUCAAAAUUCAUAUUUUUUCCAAAAGGAGCUUGGAAUGUUGCAUUUGGUUUUUUGCAUUUGGAAGCUGCAAUUCACAGUUUAAAUCUAAACAUAUGUUUCUACUCAUGUUUGUUAAAAAAUGCAAUCACACUUGGGUGUUAAAUCGGGUUUAUUAAUUCAUUAAUAUACAUGGUGCCAGAAUGCAUACCUCAUUUGUGAUAGUAAGAGUAGUAUGCUUUUAACAUCAUUUUAUGUAUUUUUACUUGUACUUUGUUAUAGGCAUUUCCUUGCAUUUCUGAAUUUAUUACAAGCAUUUCCUCUGGUGUACAUAACUGAACAAACAUAAAAUCAAAUGUACUCCUUUUUUACUUGUCCUCAAUCUUUGUCAUUCAUUAACAAAAUAUAUUUUAUAUUUAACAUUUUUGAUUCAUAAUUCUGGUCUAAAAAGUUUCUAUAUUGUUUCAAGAUGGAAUGUAUGAGAAUAAUCUAAUACAAACUGCAUGAUAUUUUGCUGCAAGAUUAAAAAAAUCUGUCUCAUUGCAACCGCUUUACUGAACAGACAGGUAGCUUGAUUUAAAUGUAAAAUGUUUUUUAUUAUUAUUAUUAUUAAAUUAUGUAUAAAAAUAGGGGAGAGCAGGGUGAUUUGGGCCUGUGGGGAAGUUGAGCCACCCCUUGUUUCUAGACAACCUUAAACAAAAUUGGUGAUGUGACCACAAAUAUAUGAGAGUUGUCCAUUUUACUCACCCUGUGAUAGAGAGAGGCCUAUGGAAUAAUUGCUAACUACAUUUAAGUUCAAAAAACAUUUUUUUGCUGUUCAAAGUGAUCUUUUUAUGUUCAAGGACUCAUGCUUCUUGUGUCUGAACAAUUACAGACAAAUCUGAAAAAAUAUCAUGUAUUUGUGCUUUAGGAAGUUAUAAUAUGAGGCUGUACUGUUAGCAUGAUGUUAGCUCUAAACUGCUGGACAAUACAAGUUUGUUAAAAUGGUAAGAGUGGGGUAAUUUGAGCCAAAAGUCCUGGGCUAAGUUGAGCCAGUGGCUCACCCCUUCUUAUGAUAAAGUAUUAUUUUUACUGUAAUUCUACAUUAUAAUUCAUUAAUUUUAGACCAAACAUUUUACUUGUUCUUUGUUUUAAACUUUACAUUUUAAAUAGGCCUUGUUUAUGAAAAUUGGCCAUUUAAGUUUUUAUGAAAUUGUAUUUCCCUGCAACAUUUGUAAGUGGGAUGUUGAAUACUAUUAGCCCGGUUCUGUAAGGUCAAUUGCAGUUUGUUUG